AUCGUUGUGUGUGUCUCCUUUCCGUUUCGUUUCUUAGGACACGAUUCCUCGAGCAAAAUGCAGAAGAAGCAAAAAGAGCCGAUUCAUUCCGUGCAGGUCUUCGGACGGAAGAAAAGCGCGACUGCGGUCGCCUACUGUAAACGCGGGCGUGGAAAUCUCCGUGUCAAUGGCCGACCAUUGGAGCUGGUUGAACCACGAGUGCUCCAAUACAAAUUGCAAGAACCCAUCCUGCUCUUGGGCAAGGAGAAGUUCUCUGGAGUCGAUAUCAGAGUGAGAGUAAGUGGCGGUGGUCACGUUGCGCAGAUCUAUGCGAUUCGUCAAGCCAUUUCCAAGGCACUCGUUGCAUAUUAUCAGAAGUAUGUCGACGAAGCCAGCAAAAAGGAGAUAAAGGACAUCCUUAUUCAAUAUGACCGUACUCUCUUAGUCGCCGACCCAAGGAGGUGCGAGCCAAAGAAGUUUGGAGGUCCAGGUGCCAGAGCACGAUACCAGAAGUCUUACCGUUAAUGCCUGUGUAUUUCACAUUAUACUUUAUUAUUCAUAUUAUUGAAUAAAAAAGAAAUUAAAGUCCA